AUGGAGCCGGCCGCGGGCAGCGAGCGCCGCAGCCCCACGGGCCCCACGAUCCCGCCGCCACCCCGGGGCCACGCGCCCCCGGUCGCCGCCGCUCCCGGCCCGGGCCCGCGGAGCUCCACGGCGCGCGAGCCGGAGGAGGAGCAGCGGCAGCCGCGGUUCAGCGACAGCGGCCAGUUCAGCGACGGGCUGGAAGACCGAGGCUUACUAGAAAGCAGUACCCGCCUAAAACCUCACGAAGCCCAGAACUACAGAAAGAAGGCAUUGUGGGUAUCUUGGUUCUCCAUUAUCGUCACACUAGCCCUUGCGGUGGCUGCGUUCACUGUCUCUGUGAUGAGGUACAGCGCCUCUGCUUUUGGGUUUGCAUUUGACGCCAUCCUGGAUGUGCUGUCGUCGGCGAUUGUCCUGUGGCGUUACAGCAACGCGGCUGCCGUGCACUCUGCCCACAGAGAGUACAUAGCCUGCGUAAUCUUAGGAGUGAUCUUCCUUCUGUCGUCUGUAUGUAUAGUGGUCAAAGCCAUCCACGACCUCUCGACGAGGCUGCUCCCAGAAGUGGAUGAUUUCCUGUUCAGCGUCUCCAUUUUAAGUGGGAUCCUUUGCAGCAUCCUGGCUGUGCUGAAGUUUAUGCUGGGGAAGGUGCUCACCAGCAGGGCCCUCAUCACAGACGGAUUUAACUCCCUGGUCGGAGGCGUGAUGGGCUUCUCUAUCCUGCUGAGCGCCGAGGUGUUCAAGCACGACGCGUCCGUCUGGUACCUGGAUGGCAGCACUGGGGUACUCAUCGGCCUCACCAUCUUUGCCUAUGGGGUCAAGCUUCUCAUCGACAUGGUGCCCAGGGUGAGGCAGACACGUCACUAUGAGAUGUUCGAGUGAAGACGGGCGCUCUCGCUGAAGACCGUCCAGGCAACAAGAGGUUUCCACGUAGGCAGAUGGUGCCAAUAUUUAACUGACCGUCCAUUUUCACUUUUGGAAGUUUUCUUUCACAGAGUGUAUCAUCCGGGAUGAGGUCUGUCUGGGGGGUGGACCUGCCCGACACCCUCACCCCGUUGCCCCAUCCAUCAAACACAUUAGGACCACCAAUGCCCACAGGAGGGGGUCUGGCUCCAUCUUGAGCUGGGACUGACAUUUUCUAUUUCCUAAAGAAAGUUGGUUCUUGCAGGUAGGAUGUGAGUUCUGCCUGGCUGAAACAGGAAUGACCAAGACCACCAGUCCCAAUGUUGCCUAGCUCCAAAGCCUUUUCCCUCCUGGCAGAUUCCAAGGGAAGCCCCUGUCCCCUUUACAUACACAGAACCAUCUCCUAAUUUCUACCAAUGUAUUACAUUAGUUUCAUACACUUUUACUAAUCCAGAAUCUAAACAGAUCUGUUAGAAAGGAGACCAUUCUAUUUUGUAAAAAUGCUUAGGGAUAUCUGUAUGAGCUUUUGCAUGGAUGAGCUAAAUAAGCACAUGACCCUUCCUCAUACACCAGGACCUGCACACCCACCCGUGUGAGAACAGGAACCAUUUUUGAGAGAUGUGAAGCUGCGAGUUUAUUUGUAAUACAUGAUUACAUAGUCUACCUGCAUAUGCAUACAUCCACAUGCUGUGUGAAGUGGCAGUGGUCCAGUCCAGUCUGUGAGGCACGGUUCACUCCUCUGCGAGGAACAAGAUGCUCUCAGCUUAGUUAACAUUAGGAACAGGCGCCAGAGACGCGUCUCCCGCCCGCAGCCUUCGUACCUCUCUCAGUGCUGCCUGCCCAGGCAGCAGUGUCUGGCCAAUAAAGACCUUUACCUGUU